AUGACGCAAGAAGAGACAAUUAUGACAAAGAUCCAGAAAGUAGAGGACACGUUAGCAGAAUCUAUGCACAAACUUGAUGUACUCGAAAAAAAGCUCAAAACAAAAUUGCUUACAAUGGAAAGUCGUGAAGAAUUGGAAACAAAAUUAGAGGAAAUUAAGGAAGUACUUAAAAAAAAUGAAGAAAAACUAAAACGUUUAAGAAAACAAAAUACAAAAUCAUUCAUGGUAGCAGCAAGCUUGGCUUUUGCAUGUUUUCUGCUCUAUGGGUUAUAUUUUAUGAUUUAUGGAAAAAUAAUUUAA